CUCCAGUGUCAAGUUUUUUCCACCCUGCUAAGUGCACACAGCAAGAGAAAUCAGAGAGCAGACAGGAAGGAAAGCAAGACAAAGACAACCGAAACUGCGCAGCAGUGAAAGCAAGCAAGAGAAAACGAGAGACAAAAACAGAGCUAGUGACCUUAGUCCAGCGAGCAAGAGAAAACAAGAGAGACAAAAGCAGAGCUAGUGACCUUAGUCCAGAAGACAGGAAUGGAACUAUAUCACAGCCAGAUCUCAGUCACACCAUCAAUGCUGCCAGCUCGCUGUGGUGGUAUUACGUUGUUCCUGUUGCACGUUGUCAUGUAUGGACUUAUGAUGUUGAGGAGUGCUGACAGCUGGACGUACCAUUAUUCGGAUACCAACAUGACUUAUGAGAAAGCCAAACAAUGGUGUGAAACAAAGUACACAGCCUUAGUUGCUAUACAAAAUAAAGAAGAAAAUGAUUAUUUGAAUGAAGUCAUUCCAUACAAUCCUGGGUAUUACUGGAUUGGGAUCCGAAAAAUAAAUAACAUCUGGACAUGGAUAGGAACCCAACGCCCACUGAUUAAGGAAGCCAGAAACUGGGCUAAAGAUGAGCCAAAUAACAGUAACAAUAAUGAAGAUUGUGUGGAGAUUUAUAUCAAACGAAAUGGUUCUGUUGGGAUGUGGAAUGAUAUAAGCUGCACAAAACAGAAGGCUGCUCUCUGCUACACAGCUUCUUGUAAUUCCAGCUCUUGCAGUGGGCAUGGCGAGUGUGUGGAAAGCAUAAAUAGCCACAGGUGCAUCUGCUAUGAAGGGUUUUAUGGUCCUGAAUGUGAACAUGUUGUGACGUGCACUACUUUAACCAAACUUCAAAAUGGCAUCAACGACUGUGACCAUCCAAACGGCAACUUCAGCUAUCAAUCCAGCUGCAAACACAGCUGCAAGAAAGGGUACUCUCUGAUAGGAAAAGCUGAGACAUACUGCUCUGGCUUGGGGAACUGGACUGCACCAAUGCCUACCUGCACAGCUGUAGAAUGUAGCCGAUUGGUGGAAUCAGAUCAUAUGAAUAUGCACUGCUCCUCCCCCCUUGGUGACUUCCGCUAUGGCUCGAUCUGCAACUUCAGCUGCAAUGAUGGCUUCCUUCUGCAUGGAGCACCGAAGAUGCAAUGUGGUGAAUCCGGGACCUGGGAUGGCGAGCAACCCACAUGCAGAGCUAUUCAGUGCGCUGCACACACAGUUCCUGAGGAGGGUGAUAUGAAAUGUACCGGUGACUUUGGAGAAUUUUCCUAUGGAUCACAGUGCACCUUUAGCUGUAAGGAAGGGUUUACCCUGGUAGGAAGAGAGAGUCUGAACUGCACACCAGCUGGACAGUGGACAGACCUGACCCCAAGAUGUGCAGAUGUUACAUGCACAGCGCUUCAGGCACCAGAGCUUGGAAACAUGACUUGCACUGACAUAAAGGGACCCUUCACAUAUGGCUCAGUCUGCCAAUUUGAAUGUCCAGAGGGAACCAAGCUGAAUGGAUCACAUAAGCUUGAAUGUGGCUCUUCAGGAACCUGGACUGCUGAGUUCCCAGUCUGUGAAGUCAUUCAGUGUAAGGACCCUACAGCUCCUAAGCACGGAGAUGUAAAGUGUGGUGGCAUCCUUGGAGAGCUGGCAUAUGCUUCAAACUGUACGUUCAGCUGCCAGAGUGGUUUUAUUCUGGUAGGAAAAGAGACUGUGGACUGUACAGCAUCAGGAGACUGGACAGAUGAAGCCCCAAGAUGUGAAGCUAUUCAGUGCGCUGCACACUUAGUUCCUGAGGAGGGUGAUAUGAAAUGUACCGGUGACUUUGGAGAAUUUGCCUAUGGAUCACAGUGCACCUUUAGCUGUAAGGAAGGGUUUACCCUGGUAGGAAAAGAGAGUCUGAACUGCACACCAGCUGGACAGUGGACAGACCAUACCCCAAGAUGUGCAGAUGUUACAUGCACAGCACUUCAGGCACCAGAGCUUGGAAACAUGACUUGCACUGACAUAAAGGGACCCUUCACAUAUGGCUCAGUCUGCCGAUUUGAAUGUCCAGAGGGAACCAAGUUGAAUGGAUCACAUGAGCUUGAAUGUGGCUCUUCAGGAACCUGGACUUCUGAGGUCCCAGUCUGUGAAGUCAUUCAGUGUAAGGACCCUACAGCUCCUAAGCACGGAGAUGUAAAGUGUGGUGGCAUCCUUGGAGAGCUGGCAUAUGCUUCAAACUGUACGUUCAGCUGCCAGAGUGGUUUUAUUCUGGUAGGAGAAGAGACUGUGGACUGUACAGCAUCAGGAGACUGGACAUAUGAAGCCCCAAGAUGUGAAGCUAUUCAGUGUGAUGCACAUGCAGUUCCUGAGGAGGGUGAUAUGAAAUGUACCGGUGACUUUGGAGAAUUUGCCUAUGGAUCACACUGUACCUUUAGCUGUAAGGAAGGGUUUACCCUGGUAGGAGGAGAGAUUCUGAAGUGCACAUCAGCUGGACAGUGGACAGGCCAGACCCCAAGAUGUGAAGUUAUCACAUGCACAUCACUUCAGGCACCAGAACUUGGAAACAUGUCUUGUAUAAAUCUAACGGCACCCUUCACAUAUGGCUCAGUCUGCCAUUUUGAGUGCCCAGAGGGAACCAAGCUGAAUGGAUCCAAUGUGCUUGAGUGUAGCUCUUCAGGAACCUGGAGUGCUGAGAUUCCAGCCUGCGAAGGGUCUCACCAUUCUGCUGAUGCAUUCGUUCAGACGAAUGUCUCCAUUGGAAUCAUGGCAGCAGCAGGGUCUGUGUCAUCAGUGAUGUUCGGUCUAUGGCUUCUGAGGCAGCUGCGUAAGAAAUCUAAGAAAUUUUCUCCAUUAAGUGACCAUUCAGAAGAGGAGCAUCACAACGCACAUUUCAGACAUUCCAUGUUUAAUGUUUGAACCCUAAAGAUGAGUUGGUGGAGUUUGGAAAGAAGUUGAUCGGAUUUUUUAACUUUAUGCCUGAAAUGUACAUUAGAAAAAUGGCCCAAAGUAUGGAGCUGGCCCAUGGAAUGUACAACCUAAUGGGGUCAGUGCCACAGAAGCGAGUUUAUCAAGUUUGUGGGAACGUUACAUCUGCUCCAUUUGACUCCUUCUACGGUUUCCUUGGUCUGUCCAUGGUAUCUCUGAACUCAUCUGAUAACUUACAUUGUACCACUUCCUCAGGCAAUACAUUCCAUAGCCCUACCACUCUCUCUGUGAAAUAGUAUUUCCUUACAAUGCCUCCUAGUCCCUCUCAUCUGAGACUAAAUGUGUGUUUAGGGUGUUGAGUAUAGCAACAAAGGUACAGAAUCCAGCUGGUCCUGGAAAGCAACUGACAAAUUUAAUGCACAACAAAGCUGCCUUCAAUCUGGAUAUUGAAGCUUCAGAGAGAAAAUCGUUUAUGUCUCUCAGCGUGCGACUCAGGGACUUCAGCUCAGUAUUUAAGUAACUAUCUAGCACUCAGGUCAGAUUGCAUGUACGACUCUGGGGGACCCUACAAACUUACCAUUAAAUGUUUCCAUCUGUCUGAUCUUAUGGGACAAACAGCUAGAGUACUACUUCAACCACAUGGCUUCAUCGUAACAAUUUUGUGUGGGCAUUCUAAUAUACUAAAUCAGAGCUGCUGCAAGGCUUGCAACUAUGUAGCCAUGUGGCUGCUACGCAUGCUUUGAUGUAGUUGUUAACAAGGAUGAAACCUUAUGGUUGUUAUGUGCGUAUGUUUGUUUAAUGGCAUGGUUUGCUGAGAUGUUACUGAAAUUUAUUAGAGAAGAGCCCACACAUUUUCCUGUCUGUCUGAUCUUCCAUUAUAAAUGAAUCAACAGAAAGAAAAAAAACUUAGAAUGG